GAGAGAAAAAAUGAAAGGAAGAAAAUAUAUGAAAAUAACGAGCAAGUAGUACGACGUCAACUCGAAAGCCAAACGCCCAAACCUCGUGGACUAGAGAGUCUAACGAAAAGUCCCCUUUAAAUUUCAGAACUGAAGAGAGGGAAAAAUCGACUACAAGAAAGAUGAUACUCGACCAGAAAGAACUCUACCUCUCCGAAAACUCACAAUCACUUCCAGAGAAGACGAAACUGAAAGAAGCAAUGAAGUCUGAGAGCGAUGAGAACACAAGCAAAACCACCUCUCGUCGCAACGUUGGUUUACUCUACGAUGAAAGAAUGUGCAAUCACUUCGAUCCUUUGGACGAUUACCAUCCCGAAACUCCGAAUCGCAUUAGAUCUAUCUGGAACAAGCUUCAAACCACCGGCAUUACCGAUCGUUGUGUGAUUUUGGAUGCUAAAGAAGCUGAAGAUAAACAGUUACUAUCAGUGCAUUCUGCAAAGCAUGUGAAUCAGAUCAAGAAGAUAAGCUCUAAGAGUUUUAACUCGAGGAAUAACAUUGCGGCAAGACUUAAUUCUAUAUACUUCAAUGAAGGUUCAACAGAAGCUGCUUAUCUCGCUGCUGGCUCCACUAUUGAGGUUGCUAAAAGAGUAGCAAGCAAGGAAUUGCAUUCAGGUGCUGCUAUUGUUAGGCCUCCAGGUCAUCACGCAGAGCAUAAUGAAGCCAUGGGAUUUUGUCUGUUCAACAAUGUGGCAAUUGCUGCAUCUUAUCUCUUAGAUGAAACUCCGGAAUUUGGUGUAAAGAAAAUUUUAAUUGUUGACUGGGACGUCCAUCAUGGAAAUGGUACUCAAAAAAUGUUCUGGAAUGAUUCUCGAGUGUUAUUCUUCUCCGUCCAUAGGCAUGAAUUUGGGAGUUUUUAUCCAGCAAAUGAUGAUGGAUUUUAUGACAAGAUUGGAGAAGGAGCAGGUGCUGGAUACAAUAUAAAUGUGCCAUGGGAGAAUGGUGGAUGUGGUGAUGCAGACUAUUUCGCAGCGUGGGACCACAUCUUGCUCCCCGUCGCCAAAGAAUUUAAUCCAGACAUAAUAAUAGUUUCUGCUGGAUUUGAUGCAGCCGUUGGAGACCCUUUGGGUGGAUGUCGUAUCACACCAUUUGGUUAUUCUGUCCUGUUGAAAAAGCUGACGGAUUUUGCUGAAGGUAGGAUUGUACUGGUUUUAGAAGGAGGGUAUAAUCUUGACUCCAUUGCAAAAUCAACACAUGCUUGUUUGGAAGUUUUGCUUGAAGACAAGCCUCUAACGGGAUCAUCUGAGACCCAUCCAUUUGAGUCUACAUGGCGUGUGAUCCAAGCGGUUCGCCAGAAGUUAAGUCCCUUUUGGCCUACACUUGCGUGUGAAAUACCACAAAAAAUAAUUGGUCAAGUGGCACCUCCUCCGCAUACUCUUUUGUCAAGCUCUGACUCUGAGACCGAGGAUGACAAAGCUCCACUCAAAUUAAAAAAUAUUGCUGACCUUCUUUCCAAGCUUAAAGUUGAUGCAGAUGAAGAGUGUGAUGCUUCUUGUUCCUGGCGAUCCGAAUUGUCAAAUGUUUACAUAUGGUAUGCUUCAUAUGGCUCAAAUAUGUGGAGACCAAGAUUUGAUUGCUACAUAGCCGGUGGACAGGUGGAAGGUAUGCAGAAGACCUGCCCUGGUUCUCUAAACAAAACUCUUCCAAAUGAGAUUCUUUGGAAGACUUUCCCCUGUCGUUUAUUUUUUGGACGUGAUUCCUCAUAUUCAUGGGGUCCUGGAGGUGUUGCUUUUCUUAAUCCUCAAACAAACUCUCAGCUCAAGACCUACCUGUGCCUGUACAAAAUUUCGUUAGAGCAGUUCAAUGAUGUUUUAUUUCAGGAAAAUGUUUUAAGCCUUGAUGCAGAUUCUUCUUUAUUUGAUAUGACUACUCUGAAUGACAUAUCUAAAAAGGAAUUCAGUUCUCAGGAGGUUGUCAAGGAUAGUUGGUAUGGCAAUGUUGUCUACUUAGGAAAGGACCAGGACAUUCCUAUAAUUACUAUGACGUGUUCGGGUCUUGCUAUUGAGAGCUUCAAAUCAGGGAAGCUACCAUUGCGCCCACCUAAUAAAUCGUAUGCUAAUACCUUAAUAAAAGGGUUGGUAGAGGGAGAACAGCUCUCAGAGGAGGAAGCCAUUGCUUACAUAGACGCUGCUGCUGUUGCUGAGUUGUUGUGAUUUGCUUAAAAUUUCUUCUUAAAACAGUUCACUGGUUUGUAUUUUGCAUAGUUUUGUAUAUACCUGUGUGGGUGCUUUUAUUUGCUACAGUGCUGAUGCAUGCAUUGCGUGUACAUUUAUGCUUGAAUGCAUUGCAUGCAUACAUAUUUUGUAAAUGCUGACAUUUAGUCGUUAACUAGAAGGAAGAUUAAUUGUCUGAAUGCUUCAAUUGCUGCUACAUUUAUCACCAAUGGCAUCUAUUUUUUCUUUCA